AUGACGGAUGAGAAGACCUUCCGCAUCGGCUUCAUUGUGCUGGGGUUCUUCCUGCUGGCCCUUGGCACAUUCCUCAUGAGCCAUGACCGACCCCAGAUCUACGGCACCUUCUAUGCCAUGGGCAGCGUCAUGGUGAUCGGGGGCAUCAUCUGGAGCAUGUGCCAAUGCUACCCCAAGAUCACCUUCAUCCCCGCUGACUCUGACUUCCAAGGCAUCCUGUCCCCAAGGAAGUCGCUGGGCUUGCUGGAGAGUGGGCUGAUCGCUGAGAAGAGGUCACCUAGCCCCCAGCCCCCCUAUAUCAGGCUGCGGGAGGAAGCCGCCUAUGACCAGAGCCUGCCCGACUUUGGCCACAUCCAGAUGAAGGUCAUGGGCUACGGCGAGGACCCCCACCCCCUGCUGGCCCCUGAGCUGGGACAGCAGCAGCCGGAAGCCAGUGAUAGAGGAGAAAGUGGCCCUCAUGACGCUCAGGCCUGGAUGGAGGCUGCCGUGGUUGUCCACAGGGGCUCGGAUGAGGAUGAGGGAGAAAGAAUCCCACCUCAGAGCAGGCCUGGACCCCCAGCCUGUCCCCACGGUCCUGCACCCUUGGCUUCCUUCCAAGAUGACCUGGACGUGGAUUCCAGUGAGGGCGACAUCCCCAACCCGUCUCCAUGUGAGGCGGAAGAGCCUGGUCCUCAGCCACGGGAGCCCUGGGCCGGCAGGUGCUGGCUGGACCGCUUCCACGACUUUGCUCUGAUAGAUGACCCCACAUUGGAGGACAUGCCUCCAGAGGGGCAGUUGCGAGACACAGCCCUGCCUGGCUAUUGGCAGCCGUCCCCGAGGACAAAAGAGGAGGAGGCAGCUUCGGACACAGGCGCCAAGGGGCCAGAGCAGGAGGAGGAAGAUUUUUACUAUGGGCUGCCGGACAGCCCUGGGGACCCUCUUCCAGACAAGGAACUGGGCUUUGAGCCCAACACCCAGGGCUGA